AUGACCGACGUUCAGUUGCCAGAGCCUUUUGCAAGCAUCCCGAGGGAAUCUUUCCUCUUCGGACCAUCGCCGAUCCAGCACCUGCCCCGUAUAUCCGAGGCUCUUGGAGGAAAGGUGCAAGUUUACGCAAAGCGUGAGGAUUGCAACUCGGGUCUGGCUUAUGGAGGAAACAAGACUAGAAAGCUCGAGUACCUGGCUUCUGAGGCUGUAGCUCAGGGAUGCGAUACUCUCGUCAGUAUUGGUGGCGUCCAGUCCAACCACACCCGCCAAGUGGCUGCAGUAGCCACCAAGCUGGGGCUGAAGAGCGCCCUGGUCCAGGAGCACUGGGUCGACUGGGAGGACCCAGGAUACACCAAGGUCGGCAACAUUCAGUUGUCGCGCGUCAUGGGCGCUGACUCCCGCCUUGACCCCUCGACAUUUGGCAUUGAGCACAAGGACACGCUCAAGAACCUGAAGCAGGAGCUGAGCGACGCUGGCCGCAAGCCCUACUACAUCCCCGCCGGUGCCUCGGAUCAUCCUCUGGGCGGCUUGGGCUUUGCCAGGUGGGCAUUCGAGGUUGAGCAGCAAGAAAAGGCCCAGGGCGUCUUCUUUGACACAAUCAUUGUCUGCGCCGUCACCGGUUCGACCAUGGCUGGUAUGGUGGCUGGCUUCAAGCUAGCCGAGAAGCUCGGCGGGCGCAAGCGCAAGGUCAUUGGCAUUGACGCCUCCGCAAAGGUUCAACAGACCUUUGACCAGGUCCUACGCAUCGCCAAGUUCACUGGUGUAAAGAUUGGUCUCAGUGAGGACGACAUCACCGAAAAGGACAUUAUCCUCGACGACAGGUACCAUGCCGGUGUGUACGGUAUUCCCGACGAGCAGACCAUUGAGGCCAUCAAGUUCGGUGCCCAGACCGAGGCCUUUAUCACAGACCCCGUCUACGAGGGCAAGAGUUUGGCCGGCAUGAUGGAUCUGAUUAAGAAGGGCGAGAUUCCUGCAGGAAGCAAUGUGCUGUACGCUCACCUGGGAGGUCAACUCGCCCUCAAUGCCUACUCCACCAUUCAGUCAUAG